AUGAUUGCUAUGGAUACUUUGCUCAAAACACCUAACAAGCUUGAGUUUUUGCACCCACUUCACGGUUAUUCAGAUAAAUUGAGCAGUUUAGGCUCCUCUAGGGUGCAAAAUCAGGAUUUUAGGUUUGGGUCUAAGAAACCACUUGUGAGAUGGGGUAAAUGUGGUGGUUUGAGGGCUAGCAGCAGUGGCCUUUUGGAGCUUGUUCCUGAAUUCAAGAAGGAGAAUCUGGAUUUUGAACUUCCUUUGUAUGAUUCCUCAAAGGGGGCUGUGGUGGACCUUGCGGUUGUGGGAGGGGGGCCUGCUGGGCUUGCCGUUGCACAGCAGGUUUCUGAGGCAGGGCUUUCAGUUUGUGCUAUUGAUCCAAACCCUAGGUUAAUUUGGCCAAAUAAUUAUGGCGUUUGGGUGGAUGAGUUUGAGGCCAUGGAUUUGCUUGACUGCCUUGACACCACUUGGUCUGGCGCAGUCGUCUACACCGAUGAUAAAACAAAGAAGGAUCUAGAUAGGCCUUAUGGUAGGGUCAAUAGGAAGCUUCUGAAGUCAAAGAUGCUGCAGAAAUGUAUCUCAAAUGGUGUCAAGUUUCACCAGGCCAAAGUUAACAAGAUUAUUCACGAGGAUACCAAAUCUUUGCUGAUUUGUAAUGAUGGUGUCACUGUUCAGGCUACCGUUGUUCUUGAUGCAACUGGUUUUUCAAGAUGCUUGGUUCAGUAUGAUAAACCGUACAACCCGGGUUACCAAGUUGCUUAUGGGAUUCUGGCUGAGGUUGAUGAACACCCGUAUGAUGUAGAUAAAAUGCUUUUUAUGGACUGGAGAGAUUCUCAUCUGGACAAUGACAAGGAGCUGAAGCAGAGAAAUAGUAGGAUACCCACCUUUCUGUAUGCAAUGCCCUUUUCAUCCACUAAGAUAUUUCUUGAAGAAACCUCUCUUGUAGCACGGCCUGGAUUACGAAUGGAUGAUAUACAGGAAAGAAUGGUUGCUAGGUUGAAACAUUUGGGUAUUAGAGUGAAAAGUAUUGAAGAAGAUGAGCACUGUGUCAUCCCCAUGGGUGGCCCCCUCCCAGUUCUCCCUCAAAGAGUUGUUGGCAUUGGUGGUACUGCUGGGAUGGUGCAUCCUUCAACUGGGUAUAUGGUUGCAAGGACCCUGGCUGCAGCUCCUAUUGUUGCUAAUUCUAUAGUUCAAAGCCUGGGUUCUGAUAGAGGUCUUGCAGGAGGAGAUAUAUCUGCACAAGUGUGGAAAGAUUUAUGGCCUAUCCAAAGGCGGCGGCAAAGGGAAUUCUUCUGUUUUGGUAUGGACAUCUUACUCAAGCUUGAUUUACCAGGCACAAGGAGAUUUUUUGAUGCGUUUUUUGAUCUGGAACCUCAUUACUGGCAUGGAUUCUUAUCAUCAAGGCUGUUUCUUCCUGAGCUCAUAUUUUUUGGACUCUCUCUAUUUUCUUGUGCUUCUAAUACAUCUAGGGUAGAGAUUAUGGCAAAGGGAACACUUCCUUUGGUAAACAUGAUCAACAACUUGGUAAAGGAUACAGAAUAA